AUGUGGGGCGCUUUGGCAUCUGUAGUGGCUGUCGCGCUGGGUGCGCUAACGUUUGCAUCUGCGCGCUCAUCGGUAGCAAGGUACUAUUUGAACUCGUCGCUGUACGUUUUCUCGAUGGGCCUCAGCAGCACACUCGGGAUUGUGUACUCUGUCAUGCUCAGCAUCGCCGGCAAGCGUUUGAAUACAAAUGCGUGGGUCGCCGCGACGUUUUACUUUCUCAUUCAUCACUUAAUCGGUUUUCGUAUCACUAUGGACGGCGAGCAAUACCUGGAAGAGCGCCCGAUUAUCCUUGUGGGCAAUCACCAGAGUGUGCUGGACAUCUUUUACCUCGGCAAGAUCAUGCGCGAGCGCACCGUGAUUAUGGCCAAAAAGGAGCUUCGUUGGGUUCCACUGCUUGGCCAGUUUAUGAUGCUCGGCGGGAACAUUUUUAUUGACAGAAAGAGUCGCGCCAGCGCAAUCAAGACCAUGAACGAGGCCGGCGAAUACAUGCACAAAAACAAGAUUGCCCUGUUCGCGUUUCCCGAAGGCACGCGCUCGCACUUUGCCGUGCCCGAUUUGCUCUCGUUUAAAAAGGGCAUUUUCCACCUGGCAAUUCAGACCAAGAUCCCCAUUGUACCUGUGGUUUGCGAGAAUUACUACAGGCUGUAUGAUAGCAAAACACGCUUUGAUCCCGGCAACAUUCGUCUUUCCGUGCUUCCCCCGAUCAGCACUGAGGGCUUUACCGAGCAGAACCUGGACGCUUUAAUGAGCAAGGUGCAUCGCGCCAUGCUUGCCAAGGUACACGAGUUUGACGUGCAAGCCGAUCAGUACGACGUGCAAAGCACCAUGCACCCCUCGCAGCAGGCCCAAACGAGCUGGCAGGGCGGCGUCUCUGGCUUGGCUGCACGCAUCAUUGGUGACGGCGGUCCUGCGCACCAUAAAAAGCUGGUCGACAGGGUCGCCACCGAACAGCGCGACCACCAAACGGGCAAGGGACAGGCCCCGAGCUCCUACGGCCUCGUCUCCGCCGCCGCGGCAAAUUCGUAG